CAACAAGGCUCAGCUGUCGGAGGCCAGUCGUUCGACAACGUUCAAACAAUAAACAACGCGUUAGUUUUGUGCUAGAAAAAAAGUUUCAAUAUAAUUAAAAUGUCCGAGUCUCAUUUCGACGAGUACGAGCAUUACAACUUCGACCAGGACAAGAAUCUCUACUGCGGUAGCAGCGGGAAGCAGAGGUCGAAAAAGGAGGCGAGCGAUCACCAGAACCACUUCGACCCGUGCGGCCACUCGAGAAAAAUCGUCACGAAACUGCAGAACUCGGAGGCGAAGAAAAAAGAGGGCAAAGUGAAAAAUUGAAAGAUCUCCUUUCUGCAGAGAAUACAACGUUGAUUGACCUCGGAGUCG